AUGACCGCCGAAGAGCGGCGGAAUCUGCACACCUUCAGGGACUACGUCAGGAAGACUCUGGACCCUACCUAUAUCCUGAGUUACAUGACCCCCUGGUUUAAAGAAGAUGAGAUACAAUAUAUUCAGGCUGAGAAAAACAAUAAGGGCACUAUGGAGGCUGCCUCACUUUUUCUCGACUACCUGUUGGGGCUCAAGGAGGAAGGCUGGUUCCGUGGCUUUUUGGAUGCCCUGAAACAAUCAGGUUAUACUGGACUUUAUGAAGCCUGUGAAAAUUGGGAUUUUCAAAAAAUUGAGAAGUUGGAGGAGCACAGAUUGCUUUUAAAACGUUUACAACCAGAAUUUAAAACCAGAAUUAAUCCAACAGAUAUUCUUCCUGAAAUAUCCCAUUGCUUAAUUAAUCAAGAAUGUGAAGAAAUUAGACAAGUUUGUUCCAACAAGGGGAUGAUGGCAGGUGCAGAGAAAAUGGUUGAAUGCCUGCUCAGAUCAGACAAGGAGAACUGGCCCAAAGCUUUGAAACUUGCUUUGGAGAAAGAAGAGAGCAACUUCAGUGAACUGUGGCAUGUAGAGGAAGGUGCAAAAGAUGUUAAAAGUGAAGAUCUUGAGAAUGAUGAAAUAGAAACUUCCGAAGUACAGAUAUAUUACCAGGAAGAACCUGAAUCCCAGAACCUUAGUCAGAGUUCGUGUCUGCCUGCAGAAGUGUCUCAUACUAACUCAUUCAGCCCGUUGAAGACAAGAAAUUACCAACUAGAGCUUGCUUUGCCUGCUAUGAAUGGAAAAAAUACAGUCAUAUGUGCUCCUACUGGUUGUGGGAAAACCUUUGUUUCCGUUCUUAUAUGUGAGCAUCAUCUUAAAAAAUUUCCACAAGGACAAAGAGGGAAGGUUGUCUUUUUUGCUGUUCAAAUCCCAGUAUAUGAACAGCAGAAAUCUGUCUUCUCAAAAUACUUUGAAAGACUCGGGUACAGAGUUGCAGGCAUUUCUGGAACAACAGCUGAACAGGUCCCAGUAAGACAGAUUGUUGAGAACAAUGACAUCAUCAUUUUAACUCCACAGAUUCUUGUGAACAACCUUAAAAAUGGGACUAUUCCAUCACUCUCUCUCUUUACUUUGAUGAUAUUUGAUGAAUGCCACAAUACCAGUAAACAACACCCAUACAAUAAAAUCAUGUUUCAUUAUCUAGAUCAGAAGCUUGGAGGAUCUUCAGACCCACUGCCCCAGGUCAUUGGGCUGACUGCUUCAAUUGGUGUCGGGGAUGCCAAAAACAUGAUUGAAGCCAUGGCAUAUAUCUGCAAAAUAUGUGCUUCUCUCGAUGCAUCAGUGAUAGCAACAGUUAAAGACAACUUGGAGGAACUGGAGGAAGUUGUUUAUAAGCCCCAGAAAUUUUUCAGGAAGGUGGAAACACGGAUUAUCAACAAAUUUAAAUACAUUAUAUCUCAGCUGAUGAUGGAGGUGGAGAGAAAGGCACAGAGAGUCUUUGAAGAACUUGGUAACUUAUUUCAAAUUCAAAAUAGGGAAUUCGGUACACAGAAAUAUGAACAGUGGAUCAUUGCAGUUCAGAAAGAGUGUGUAGUGUUUCGGAUGUCAGACAGAAAUGAAGAGAGCAGGAUCUGUAAGACACUGUUCUUGUAUACUUCACAUCUACGGAAAUAUAAUGAUGCCCUCCUCAUCAGUGAGCAUGCCCGAAUCAAAGAUGCUCUGGAUUACUUGAAAGCCUUCUUCAACAAUGUCCGAGCAGCAGGAUUUGAUGAAAUUGAGCAAGCUCUAACCCAGAGAUUUGAAGAAAAGUUGAAGGAACUAGAACUUGUUUCCAUGGAUCCCAGUAAUGAGAACCCUAAACUCAAAGAACUUUGCUUUAUCUUGCAAGAGGAAUACCACUUAAACCCAGAGACAAGAACCAUUCUCUUUGUCAAAACCAGAGCACUUGUGGAUGCUUUAAAGAAAUGGAUUGAAGAAAAUUCUAAACUCAGCUUUCUGAAACCUGGCAUAUUGACGGGACGUGGCAAAACAAGUCAGCAAAUAGGUAUGACCCUCCCAGCACAGAAGAGUGUGUUGGAUACAUUCAGAUCCAAUGGAGAUAACAAGAUUCUGAUUGCCACUUCAGUUGCAGAUGAGGGCAUCGACAUUGCUCAGUGUAAUCUGGUCAUCCUGUAUGAGUAUGUGGGCAAUGUCAUCAAAAUGAUUCAAACCAGAGGUAGAGGAAGAGCAAAAGGUAGCAAGUGCUUCCUUGUGACUAGUAAUGCUGAUAUAAUUGAAAAAGAAAAAAUAAACAUAUACAAAGAAAAAUUGAUGAAUGACUCCAUUUUAAGCCUUCAGGAAUUGGAUGAAGCAGUAUUUAAAGAAAAGCUUUGCGUCAUACAGAAUCAAGAAAAAUUCAUUAGAGAUAAUCAAGAAAUACCAAAACCUGAACCAGAUAAGGAAAAUACAAAACUGCUCUGCAAAAAGUGCAAAGCCUUUGCUUGCUAUACAGUUGAUAUAAGAGUGGUUGAGGAAUCUCAUUACACUGUGAUUGGUAAUGCUUUUAAGGAGUGCUUUGUGAGUAAGCCACAUCCCAAACCAAAGACCUUUGAGAACUUUGAGAAGAGAGCAAAGAUAUUCUGUGCCCGUGAGAACUGCAAUUAUGACUGGGGAAUCCACGUGAAGUAUAGGACAUUUGAAAUUCCAGUAAUAAAAAUUGAAAGUUUUGUGGUGGAGGAUAUUGCCACCGGAAAUCAGACACUGUAUGCAAAGUGGAAGGACUUUCAUUUUAAGAGGGUAACAUUUGAUGCUGCAGAAAUGUCCAAAUGA